AUUGGUACCAGCAAUGAACUCCAGAUCUAUUCUAACUAUUUCGUUUGGGAUUAGUGAAAAUGUCUCAUUAAAAUAUCAAUAUUUAAGUCCUCUCAUGUAAAAUGAUCAGGGGAUAGAAUAAAACGAUCAGAGAAUAGUAUCGAAAUAUAAACAGUAAUUGAACCGUUGCCUUCACAUGAUGUGGAUUAGGGAGUAGACUGUCGUAAUGGCUAUGAAUGUCGUUACUUUAUUGUCACUUGUCAGAAUCUACGAGUCGGAUCACCGGGGUGACCCAAAGGUAGCAGUUGCGUAAUCUACUAUGAAUGCAGUCGGCAGCUUCCUGGAACCAAGAGGCUGGAGAAUUGUGCAUUGCAAUCAGUUAGAAGAAUAAUAUCUAUAUGCAUUUAAAAGAGCUCUUCUGCCCAAACACACGCCCUGCAAAAAUGCAAUUUGAAAGUGAUUUACAGCUACCAGAGAAAGUGCUAAAAUACGAAGCAUUCAUAAAUGAUGUUCUUAAAGAAGACCUGAAGAAAGUGCAUGCACGGCAAGAUCAUGUUACCACAGAAAUAGCUGAAUAUAUUCAGCUUAAGAACACUAUUCAAACACUGAAAGAGGCUGACAUGGUUAAGGAUGGAUUUAAGACGAAAAUGAAUUUGGGAUGCAACUUUUAUGUGCAAGCAAAUGUAUCUGAUCCAAAAACUAUGUUCAUAGAUAUAGGUUUGGGACAUUAUUUGGAAUUUACACUGGAUGAAGCUCAAAAAUUUAUUGACAGAAGAUUGGAAUUGCUGUGUCAACAAAGCAACAAACUGAAGAAAGAUAGUGCUCAAACCAAAGCAAUGAUUAAAAUGGUGCUUGGAGGUCUGCAUCAACUCCAGUCAGAGAGAGGAAGUGCAAAGUAACAUUGUUACUACAUGGCCUGUUACAGAUUGACUUUUAACUUAUUGUGGUAUACUUUUGUACAAUUAUAUUAUUUUACUUGAUUGAUUUUGUAGUUUUAUUAUAGCUGUAAAGCAAAGUGAAAGUAGUAACAUUUGAUGCCUUUAUGAACUGGCCUUCUAUGGUAAUGUAACCUAAAUGCCCCACAAAGACAAGUUGUAAUUUGAUGAUGUUACUAAAAAUAUCAAAAAGUCAUUGAUGGACUUACUGCCAGACACAUUCCCUAAUAAACGUUCGGAUAUACAAAGAGAAACAUUAUUAGCAAAAUUCUCCAAAAGUUCUUGACAUAUUUACUUGAAAUUUUUGCAUGGCGUUCUAAUAAACAUUCAGAUAGACAAGGCUACAUAGUUUCAGUGCAUAUUGUUUGUAGACAUAUGCUACGUAAAGGGGAAAUGAAAUUAGCGAAAAUUUAAAUGUUUCUGACCAGUUUACUUAAAACGUUUACAUGAUGCUCUAAUUAAAGUUUACAUAGAUGAAGACUACACAUUUUUU